CUCGGUUCAUCCCGUAGCGCCUCUUCUGUUUCCGUCCCGGAAGGAAGCGCGAUACCUACCAAUACCAUCAUCGAGGCUACUUCGAGUUCGACCAACUUAAGAAUGGACCAUGGGGUUCUUCUGUUUGCGAACACGAAACGGGUAGCACCCUUUUCGCGCUGCAGUUGCGGUUUCUGGCAGUCCUUUCCACGAUGCCUUCAAUCUCUUAGUUCUUCCGACUGUUGAGGUCGUGGUGGCUCUUACUUACACGCAACUCUAUCCGAUGCCUCUUCGCUUAAAGAACUCUUCGGAAGCGCGAUAAUCUGAGCAACUGUUAUUUGUUUUUGGUCGAGAUGGAAGAAGAUAAGAUUGCACGGAGAAAUUGGUGGAUAUCUCCGAAGCUCGAAGGAUGGAUAACAUCCUGCAAAAACUCAAUAGAGAACGUGCUUCAGAGUCGUAUCCACCCAAGGAAGAGCAAUCCGAUUGAGAUCUUGAAACGCUUGCAAAGAGAGGCCUUUGCAGAUCUGAUGAAGCUCAGGGAUAGGCAAGAUAAACUGGAAAGUAUUCUGAUGCUUUAUAAGUCCAGUAAGGCAAGUCCUUUUGAAGAGACAGCUACACACAUAAAGGGAGAGGUCAGUGCCUGCAGUUUGCUACUUAUGAAGAACGGUAACUUUGAGCACGCAUUUAAUAUGUUGGACGGAGCAGGGGUGAGAACAGGAGUAGAUGCAAAAUUUACUUUUGACACAAUUCUGAGAAAGAAAGAUGCUCUUAUAACUCAGCUUGUUGCAGCUUUCCCCAGUCUGAUCACUGAUCAAGGUGCUCUUGGCAGCACACUGUCACUAAGAAAAGUGAUGUAUUUGGCAAAUGUUACUGAUUGGUUCUCUUUUAUUGCAAUUCCAUUUGGUGCAAGAUGCGAAGAUAUUGGAGUUCUUUCCAAACCACAUGGUUUCACAUUAACGUCUUCAUCAGUGCCACCUAUCUUUAGUCUUGAUCAUUCAUGUGCUGCUGGAAUACUGCUCAAAAGAUCAAAAGUUGCCGUCUCCUUGGCUGAACUUUUUUGUGCAUCAGGAGGGGAUCAAGAAUCCUUGGGAUGUCAUAGCACUCUCGGCCAAUUAUUUUGCGAACUUUCAGAAGGAAACAAGUUUGGUUUGUCAUUUUUGUGCCAAAGGCCGAGCUCAUUGACCCCAAGAGUUAGGCUUGUGCCACUGGGAUUGAAAAGGCAUGCAGGUCUCUCUUUGGUCGAGGGAAAUUCAGAUCCUGCUGCUGUUUCAAUGCAGUCAAUUUCACUUAUGUUAGAGUCAGGGAUUGAUGAGACUGCAAGACUAAAUGGUUGGAUUGAAAUGCAGAAAUGUAAGAAAGCCUCUUUCCAAUGGGCUGUCUCUUUUUCUGACUGUCCCGAGGAUGAAAUGGGAUGGGGCGUAAGUGUUGGCCAGGCAAUGAUGCAUGGUAGCAAACACUUAACAAGGGAAGAUUCUGAGGGAAAUCCUAUGAUGCAAUUUCAACUGGAAGCAUUUCUCAAGUUCCCUAUAGGUAAGAAAUUCACCCUGCAACCAGGAUUUGUGUAUGCAAUUGACCAAAAGGAUCGAACACCAGCACUCUUGCUUCGCUCCAAUUGGUCUUUUUAAUGCUACAUAGUAGAUCAUAGUGCAAUUUUUUCAAAUCUA